AUGACGCUCGGAACCGUGGAUGAUCAAGGUCGAAUAUCAGCAUACCCUGACUAUGCAUGGCAUGACAACCAGGAUUUAAACUGCAAUGGGAUGACGUCGGUCUUCAGAGUGGCGAUAGAUGAAUGCAAUCGGCUGUGGGUAAUGGACACCGGGAAAAUAGGAGCGAAGCAAGUGUGCCCCCCACAAGUGCUCGCCUUUGACCUGAGCACUGACCAGUUGAUAUAUCGGCAUAUCGUCAAAGAGACCAGCUACAAACCAUGGUCGGCCUUUGUUACUCCCGUUGUGGAUGUAAGGAAGAACGGCGGCGACUGUAGUGACACGUUCCUGUACGUUGCUGAUUUGCGCGGAUUCGGAUUUUUGGUCUUGGACGUCACCAACGAUCGCACCUGGAGGGUAACACAUCGAUUGGCUUUUCCUUUCCCAUCACGUGGAACAUUUACCAUCGAUGGAGAGAGUUUUGACUUGAUGGAUGGUGUGUUGGGGAUGGCACUGUCACCGCUGCAUACUGGCAAGGAUCGUUACUUGUACUUCCACGCACUUGCCUCCACCACUGAGAACGUAGUGCGAACCAGCAUACUACGAAACUCAUCAUUUAUCGACGACGUGAAUGCUCAGCCUCAAUCAAUGAACGUAUUCCCCGAAGAGCGCCCUAACCAAUCUGUUGCCAAAGCUAUGGACCGUAACGGUAUCCUGUACUUCGGUCUGAUGGACCCACCCAGCAUUUGGUGCUGGAACUCCGAGACGGAAUUCUCCCCACGGAACUUCCAUCCGGUCGCCGUUAAUCAAGAAACAUUGCAAUUCGCAAGCGGCUUAAAAAUUGUCAACAACCUCAAAGGAGAGCAAGAAUUGUGGGUAUUGACCAAUAGCUUCCAAAGAAUGAUGACGGGAUCUCUCAGUUCGAACAGAGUUAACUUCAGAAUUCACGCUGAGGAAAUAUCGGUUUUAAUGGCAAACUCGCCAUGUGCCGUCGCCUCAAAGGACCGGAACCACGGUCAUUAUGCGAAUUUAAUUUCAAUGAAAGACGACAAUCAUAUCAUGUUCAGAUAUGGCGCUGUAUCAUAUCUUUAG